AUGUUAAAAGACUGUAUAGAGUUUGCAAAAGGAUGCCAAGAAUGCCAGAUGCAUGGAGGCAUCCAACACGUCCCUGCAAGUGAAUUGCAUGCCAUUGUGAAACCUUGGCCAUUUAGAGGUUGGGAUUUAGAUGUGAUUGGGGAAAUAAAACCAGCUUCGUCAAAACAGCAAAGGUAUAUUUUGGUCGGUAUUGACUAUUUCACAAAGUGGGUCGAAGCUAUAGCCUUAAAAAAUGUCGAUCAGGAAGCUGUGAUAGACUUGAUACAAGAUCACAUUAUAUGUCGAUUCGGCAUACCAGAAGCCAUUACAACCGACCAAGGAACAGUGUUUACAGGACAGAAGAUGCGAGAGUUUGCUAAAGAAGUUGGCAUAAGAUUAUUAACGUGGACACCAUACUACGCCCAGGCGAACGGUCAAGUCGAAGGCGCUAAUAAGGUAAUAAUUAGCCUAAUAAAAAAACACGUAGGAAAGAAGCCAAAAACUUGGCAUCAGUCAUUAAGCCAAGCUCUGUGGGCAUGUAGAACAUCUCCCAAAGAAGCAACUGGCACCACACCAUUUCGUCUGACAUAUGGACAUGAUGUCGUACUACCAGUCGAAAUAUACGUCCAAUCAGUGAGGAUACAGAGGCAACACGAAAUGUCAUCCGAAGACUAUUGGAAUAUGAUGAUGGAUGAGCUCGUUGAUUUAGAUGAAGAAAGAAUGUUGGCUCUAGAUUCAUUGAGAAGACGAAAAGACAAAGUAGCCAGAGCUUACAACAAAAAGGUAAAAAACAAGGUGUUCGCUAUUAACAAUUUAGUCUGGAAAGUGGUAUUGCCUAUGGACAUAAACGAUAGGGUUCUAGGAAAGUGGUCACCAAAUUGGGAAGGACCGUUCAAGGUAAUACAAGUCUUUACCAACAACGCCUAUGAGUUAGAGGAGUUAGCCCCAGAUCGACGGAUUAUCAGGGUAAAUGGCAAAUACUUAAAGGAGUAUAAACCUACUCUUCAGGAGCUCACUAUUUCGACAACGUAG